AUCAUUCUCACCUUCACCUGAAAACCCAAUGGGACUACAACCUUCUAACCAAUUUCAGCAUUUGCCAGCCUGCAGCGGAUUUUCUACAAAUGUGACCCACCUGCUUGUGCACAGAAGACCUGCCCCUGAAGGCUGCUCAAGAGAGUGCCCUCCUCCUCCCACACAACACUCUCCCCAUCUGGGCUCCCUUUCACCCUCCUCUGACUCUCAACAACAGCAGAGCCUAACAAGCAAACAUGCUGCUGCUGGCAGCGCUUCUGGCCACAGCCAUUUGCUCUUAUGGAUUUGCACAAGAAAUUCCCAUGCAGAGCCCUAUAUCCAUCACCAGGUCUAAAGGAACUGCACGCCUGUACUGUCACGUUAAAGACGUCUCUGAAGAUUUUGGUGGCCUUGUCAUACACUGGUAUCAACAGAAGGAGGGUAAAGCUCCACAGAGGCUACUGUUCUUUUCAUCAGGGUCAGCUUCAGUUGACAGUGGCUUUCAAGCAAACAGGUACAUGGUUGAAAAGGUUUCUGGACAGAAACGGUGUGUUCUUACAAUAAAAGAUGUAAUUCCAGACGAUGCUGCUACUUACUACUGCGCCUACUGGGAUGAAUACUACAAAGUCUUCGGAACUGGCACAAAGCUUAUUGUCUCCGACAAAGGAAAUUCUGCACCAGAAAAUGCUGAAGUCCUGAGGAAACAACAUGGAGAUCAGAUAACGUAUGUUUGCCUCAUCGAGAAAUUCUACCCAGAUGUUAUUCGGGUGACAUGGAACGAUGGAGAAAAAGAGGUAACAGACAACGUAGUAAAAGGAGAUGCUUGGAAGGCUACAGAAGAUGACAAAUACUCAAUCAGCAGCUGGUUAACUGUACCAGCAGAGAACAAAGACAAGAAGUAUCUCUGCAAAUACGAGCAUGAAGGGAAACAGGAUUCAAAGCAGGCAUAUGUAGAACCUACAAAGCCUAAAGCUCCAGAAGAGAACUGCAUCACAUAUCCUGGAAAUGGCACUGAUUUUAAUAGAGAUCACUUAAUGCACAGGACAGCAUAUUUAGUGUACAUCGUCCUUCUUCUGAAGAGCUCCAUGUACUAUCUCAUCGUACUCUUCUUCAUCUACAGAAUGUGGUCUCCAAACAAGCACCAAGGAAAGAAAGCAUAAACAUUGGUUUUGGAAAGGCUUACAAAAUUGUAUUCAAUUUGCUUUGCUAUAUAUUAUCCACAUAGACUCCCCUGCUCUCAGUGUUAAAUGUAACAACAACAACAAAAUCCCAGAAUAAUUUUCUGGCAUUAGUGCAUAGGUCUUGUUUUGCUUUACUGCUAGUGUUUUUAUAUCAGUCUGGUUUUCUUAAUUUUUCUGAGUAUUGAAUGGAGAUGCACAAUAGGAGUAAGGCUACAUACCUUGGAUUUUAAUCCAGAGUCUGUGUUGCAAAAUCAGGAAGGUACUCACAUUAACAGGGCUUUGAAAGCACAGACGCAUUUUGUCAUUGCGCUUAAGGCUUAAUUAGGAGCAUUCCUGCACUGUAACUUCAAUGAUUUAUUGCAACUGUCAUUUACCCACAAAAUCAGGACUUAAAUAUUCUAGAGAUGUGUGCUUUAAGAGUCAAUUAAAUGUGAUUUUUAAAAGUGAACAUAAUAUUUUUGAAUUAAGAAGUUAGACGAGCAUAAAAGCAAUUCUAAGGUCCACAUGUACAGAGAUGGAAGAAAUCCCCCAAGCCCCACACCAGCGCUGUGACACAGACUGAAAACCUGCACAUCGUAGUUUUCAAGAAAGGAAACAAUUGUAAUGAUCACGAACAUCAUCUUGUUUAGAGAUACCUUUUUUAAGUUGAGCAAAACCUUAAAUCUGAAGCUUUGAUAGAGAAAGUAUUUUCACAAUGGAGGAAAAAAUUCUCAGAUGUUGGACUUUGAACAGUUCAUCUCCAAGUUCCACAAAUCAGUUCCUUUCAAAUUCUUUGGAAAAAUCAGAAGCAGACAUAUUGGGGUAAAGCGUUUGCUCAGUUUGAGGCCAUAAGUUUAAAGAUAAGUGCCUGCAGCAUUUACUCUCACUGUAUCUCACUGUAUCUGUAAUGAUGUAGAAGGCAAUAAAAGCUUUCCUCCAGGUG